AUUGAAUACAGUUCAGAGACAAGUUUGAGUUGGACAUGCUCAGUUCCAUCUACCUGAUGAUGGUGAGGGAUCUCAUGAUCUUCCUGUGUGGAAUCCCGGGAAUACAGAGGACAGGGACAUCUCUCUGGUGGGUUCCCAUUACUGGAUCCGUCUACCUGAUGAUGGUGGGUGGUCUCAUGAUCUUCCUGUGUUGAAUUCCGGAAUCUCAGUGACUGUUAUCUUUUACCAGAUUAUAGUGAGGGAACUUGCUUUCUUCCUGUGUGGAAUCCGGGGAAUACAGAGGACGGGGACAUCUCUCUGGUGGGUUCCCAUUACUGGAUUCAUCUGCCUGAUGAUGGUGGUGGAUGGUGUGACCUUCCUGUGUGGAAUCCCAGGAAUA